ACCUCCUCAGCUUUCAAACACCAUCCCCUUCGACCGUUUACAAUGAAAGUGACUUGCUUACCUUGCAUCCACAGUGAGGAUGUCAGAUGCUUGUUAGUUGAUCGGCCAGCGCCUCGAAUAAGGGGACGAAUGUAGGAAAAAGACAUAAAAAAGGCUCGGUCUUUUGUGUCAUCUCGUUUAUCACUACUACCUUCUUUUUUCUUCUCCCUUACUGCCAUUUCUACUUUAUUCAAGUGCUAUCCAACAUCAUGCUUUCAACAACCCAACUCCAAGGUGCUUUGCCUGCCGGUGUUUCAAAUAUCAAUGCCAACUUGCGUCUCAAUGUCAAUCAAGACGGUAGUAACACGCCGGCUGUGAAAGAACAAGAUCAGGUCUUGCUUGAGCCCUACGAAUACCUCUGUGCCCAUCCAGGCAAGGAUGUUCGUACCAAGAUGAUUGCUGCAUUCAAUGUCUGGCUACAGGUGCCACACGACGACUUAUUGGUCAUCACCAAGGUCAUCGGCAUGCUGCAUAGUGCUAGUUUGUUAAUUGAUGAUGUUGAAGAUGAAUCUGCUUUGCGACGUGGUGUGCCCGCAGCACAUCAUUUGUUUGGUGUGGCUCAAACCAUCAAUUCUGCAAACUACGUCUACUUUUUGGCUUUGCAAGAAAUCAACAAGCUCAACAACCCAGAGAUGGUGCAAAUCUAUACGGAGGAACUGAUCAACCUCCAUCGCGGUCAAGGCAUGGAGAUCCACUGGCGUGAUCGUGUGCUUUGCCCAAGCGAAGCAGAGUUUAUUGAAAUGGUCAACAACAAGACGGGUGGUCUUUUGCGAUUGGCUGUCAAGUUGAUGCAAGCUGCAAGUCAAUCAAAAACGUAUGCUUUUCUCCUGUUAACCAAUCAAUAUAUCGAGCUUUCUACUAACAUUGAGUUAUUACGUUUUGGUCAUGCUUUUAGCGAUUACACAAGUCUUGUGAAUAAGAUCGGUAUUCACUUUCAAGUACGAGAUGACUACAUGAAUUUACAGUCUCAACAGUACGCCGACAACAAAGGCUUUUGCGAAGACUUGACUGAAGGCAAAUUCUCGUUCCCCAUCAUCCACUCGAUCCGUACGGAUCCACACAGCCGCCAACUACUCAACAUAUUACAGAAACGUAGCAACUCACUCGACUUGAAACAAUAUGCGUUGCAACUCUUGGAAAAGACGGAUACUUUCAACUAUUGUCGAAGCUUCCUUCACGGGAUUGAAAAGGAAGCACGCCAAGAGAUUCAAGAACUCGGUGGUAAUCCAAAGCUGGAAAAGAUUAUGGAUGCGCUUAGCAUUCCUUUGUUCGAUCCUUCUUCCGCUCCAUCUACUCCAUCCCAGUAGACGUUAAGCAGAAAAAAUUUACUAUCUUUUUUAACACUAUCCCUCCACCAAAAAAAGAGAAAGAAAAUUGUCUGCGAGGACAGGCUCUUCCUUACUUUUUUAAAUUCUCUUUGAAGCUUUUUGACUCGAAAAGGUUCUAUUUUCCAAAUUUUAAAUACAAAUUUUAUGUAUAUACCCUAAAUACCGUCGCAUCUCUGCACUGCAGUGCUAUUAAAGAAGCUGUUGGUUGCAAAUUAAAUGAUAAUUAUUGAUCAUGACGAAAUUUUAUGGCAUAUGUUUUAACAAAGUGAUGGUAGCAGACAGGUUUAAAUUUAGAGUGACG